AUGAGCGCGUGAAGUUGGUGUGUAAGAGGAAAUACUGUGUAAACACUGCAGAUUAUGAUGCAUGCACACACUCGCUCAGUUUGCAGCUCUGAAUCGUGCAGCUCGGUGUGAGGGGUUAAAUGAGAUGAUGGCUCACGCUGACAGGGAGAGAGUUACCGAGAAAGCGCGAGACACAGAACACCAGCUGCGCGCGCUCUCGCUGUUAACCGUGUAGCAGAUGUAAACAGCACAGAAAGGCUGGAGCAACUACUCGGUUUUAGUUCAGGGCAUUUUUUGAACGGGGGAACGGGAGCUGCAGGAGGGAAAGGCGUGUUUUUUUGGUCGUAAAUGAAUUUUGUUUUGUUGUGUGGAAGUAAAAGUUGCGAAGGCGGACGGUGUGUUUACCGCGAGCUCUGCCGGUGUCGCGUGAACAUCAGGUGUCGCGUGAACAUCAGGUGUUCUCUCAGGUUUCAUGUCAGGAUUUCUCUCAGCUGCCUCUGCCUCAGCUUCAAGUCUGACUCAACACACCUUUCUUGUCAGGAAAUGACUUGUUUCAUGGACUUAACUGAUAAGCUGAACUGAAUAACGUUUGGACUCAUCGUUCAUGUCCACGUCCAUCAGGUUUGUGCUGCUGUAUUCUUUCCUGUGAAGGGUUUGGCUCUUAAACAACACUCAUCACUGUGAAACCUUCCAACAUGGACACGUUCAUCCUGGAAUUGUCAUUUUCUGGAGUCUUUUUUUUUUUUUUUACGUUAGAAAGUAAAGCAAUACUCCUCUAAUACACCUGUACAUCCUGUGCUCAAUGAACCACCACCCUUCAACAAAUCAGAAGAGAAUCGGUUCAUUAUUAAAGCGAGUAGAGCGAAUCGAUUCUUUUUUUUUAACUGCUCUUUUAAGUGAGUAGAGCAAAUCGAUUCUUUUUAAACGACUCUUUUUAAGUGAGUACACCGACUGGACUCUUUUGAAACUACCCAUUUUAUUUAAGCAGAGUGAAUCGAUUCUUUUUAAACUACUCUUUUCAAGUGAGUACAGCGAUUCGGCUCUUUUGAAACGACUUUUUUAAGUGAGAACAGCGAAUCGAUUCUUUUUAAACCUACCCAUUUUAAUAGAGUAGAGCGAAUCGUUUUUUUAACUACUCUUUUAAGUGAGCAGAGCGAAUCGAUUCUUUUGAAAGGACUCUUUUAAAGUCAAUAAAGCGAAUCGGUUCUUUUUUUAAACGACUCCUUUAAGUUAGUCGAGUGAAUUGAUUGUUUUUAAACUACUCUUUUUAAGUGAGUAAAGCUAUUCGACUCUUUUGAAGUGACUCUUUUAAGUUAGUUGAGUGAAUCGAUUCUUUUUAUACGACUCUUAAGCGAGUAGAGCUAAUCGAUUUGCAAGAACUAGUCAAAACAUUGUGUUGUUUACACUGUUAGCAUAUUUUAAUGUAUAUUAUUUACUUCAUGUUGAAUUGUAAAUGCGUUUUCAGCUAGUUUACUUUUAUCACUUAAAUGGAAGUAAUUUUUGGCUUAACAAGAUACUCUCAGAUAUGAAUAGGCCUAUUUCUAGAUGGCCCCUCAAAGCAAUUCAUUCAGCACAAAUCAGUCAGAACUAAUUCGUAUUAACAACAGUUUACAUUAAUGGUGAGAAAGAACCAAAUCAGCAAAAGGAGUCGUGAUGCGUAUAGCUACACCUGAGAAUCCAGCACUGCAGGAUGGGGGCUAGGCAGUCCAAAGGCCCCGAGGCUGGCUCCGGACCGCUGCAGGGGGUUUGGAGACGAGCUCAGGGCUCUGUCCUGCUCCGCUCAUCCUCCAGCGAGCGGCCAGAGAAUCCAGGGGUACCUGCACCAUACCGCCGUCGUGUUGGCAUGAUUCAGGACGUGCUGCUGAAGGCGAAGGAGGGGAGACAGGAGGAGGCCAGCGAGCUGCUGAAAAGUCUGAGACAGGAUUUAGGUAUGGAGUCGACGUCUCUGGAUGAUGUGUUGUACCGGUAUGCGAGCUUCCGCAAUAUGGUGGACCCCAUCACCCAUGACCUUAUCAUCAGCCUCGCUCGCUAUGUGCACUGUCCAAAAACGGAGGGUGAGUCUCUGAGUGCCAUGGAGAAGGUGUGUCGCCAGCUGACGUACCACCUGAGUCCUCAUCCGCGUUGGAAGCGGCAGGGCCUUCUGAAGGGAAAACCCCAGGCCAGUCUGAAGGCAGUUCUGUCUGUGUCGCCGGACGGCACUGUGGAUUUAUCUGGGCUCCCUCUUUCACGUCGUGACGCAGAACGCCUGGUGCUGCACCUUCAGCGAAACUCUGCCCGUGUUCGUAGCGUUGAGCUGGGUUUCACUGAGCUCACAGACGAUACGCUGCUGACACUGCUGCCCACAUUAUCUGCUCUGCCUGCUCUCGAGAGCCUGGCGCUCAACGGCAACCGGCUGACCCGAGGCAUCCUGCGUCACCUCACCGACGCCCUCAAGGAGCCGCGAAGCUUCCCUGCUCUGGCAUGGGUCGACCUCGGGAACAACGUGGACAUCUUCUCUUUGCCUCAGGCCUUUCUACUCAGCCUGCGCAAGCGCUGUCCAAAGCAGGGUAACUUACCCACCAUACAGGAGCAGCCAGAACAGGGGGGUGGGGCAGGGGACGGGGCAUGUGGAACUGCAGGAUUGGAGGAGGUUGGGGAAGAUCCAGACUGAUUUCUAGGUUAGGGGAUGACAGUGGUGGGUGGGAACUGAUGAAUCACAGAGUUAUGGGGAUGAGGAUGGGAUUACAAUGUUUCAUCCCACCAAAUGUGUUUGUGGGCGGAGUCAUAAUAUAAAUGGACUUCAUGUCAGAAGGAUAUGUGUUCUCAGUUGGGCACAGAUGUAAUUUACACAUGACUUGUGUCCUUAUUUGUAGCCUUCAUCAAAUAUUUCCAAUGUCAUUGGACUCCCUGGGCUCACUCUAGACUGCCUUCCUGUUUGUCCUCCAGUGACCAUGGGGCUGGUCUGGGACUGAGUAAAUGAUUUUUGUAAGAUAUGUAUUGAACUCAACAGGUUUGGAUGAAACAAAUAUGCCUGUAUGAUGUGUGUAAGAACUAGAUGGAGAAAUGAUGUGCCUGUUGACUGAAGACUGUCCUGAAUCGCCCAUAAUUCCAGGCAUGCACUGUGCAAAUCGAGGCUGUUUUUCAUAAUCUGAUUUGGCAUUCUUCUGAAUCGGGCCAGAUUUCAGCAGCAUUGGACAUGCAGUGUACUUGGGGUAGAAAUUAGGAAUGGGAAAAAUAAUAAUUGCUUAGAUGCUUCAUGAUCCUCUUCUGAGUGAUUCUGCGAUAAUGCACAUACUUUCAUCAUAAAGUCUGAAGUUUCCGACUUUUUCUGAACGUUUUCCUGGUUAGCUUAAUUUUACACUUCUUAGGCAUAAAAAUCUGCCAUCUUGUAUUCAUCUUCACACAGGAUUUAUUCACAGUUAUACCAAAUCCUAAAUGGCUUCUUAUACACUCACCAGCCAGUUUAAAGGGAAAACCUGUACACCUGUACAGACAAUCAUGUGACAGCAGCGCAAUGCGUAAAAUCAUGCAGAUUUAGGUCAAGAGCCUCAGUUAAUGUUCACAUUAAACAUCAGGAUGGGGAAAAAUAUGAUGUCAGUGACUUGGCAUGGUUAUUGUUGCCAGACGAGCUGGUUUGAGUUUCUCAGAAACUGCUGAUCUCCUGGGAUUUUGACACACAGAGGAGAAUGGCCAGACUGGUUCAAGCUGACAAAAAGGCUAUGGGAAAUUACAUAACCAAUCUUAACAACCGUGGUGAGCAGGAUCUCAGAAUGCACAAUUUUGGGGCAGAUGGGCCACAAAAGCAAAAGAGCACAUGAGGUUCCACUCCUGUCAGACAGGAACAGGGAUCCGAGGCUACAGUGGGCACAAGCUCACCGAAACUCAACAGUUGAAGAUUGGAAAAAUGUCGCCUUGUCUUGUGAAGUUUCAGUGAGCCUGUAGCUUCAGAUUCCUGUUCGUGGCUUGUAGCACCUAGAUAGUGAACUAUAUACCCAAUAGAACAUUUGAAAUUCAGCUGUAGGAAAAAAGUAAAAACAAUAAGUUGGAAAUUGUUAACACCUUAUUCUCUGUAUAUUUCUUUUAUAUUUAAAGCUAAGAGACGUACGAUUUUGGAAUUUCAUGCCCUCUGUUAGUAAAAUGCUAUUGCAAGCUACUUGAGGAAGAAGGUUUCAUAACCUGGGUUGUGCUGUGUGUUGUGCUGUGUUCUUCACUGCCUGGAUUAAUCUCAUGACAAUGAGUGCCAAGUCAAUACACAUCACAGACAAUUUAAUGCUGUAUUCCAAACCGCAUAAUGUGCAGUCAGUGGUCUCCUGUAGCUAAACAACUUCACAACUGGGUAAUGAUACAAAUUCCCAGUGAGGAGAAAUUUGCUGCCUGUCAUUCACUAGGCAACCAAAUGUUCAGCAAGAAAAAAGAUAAAACUCGUUCAGACCUGAAUCCAUUUUCCUCUUAUAGUAUUAUAUUCACGCACUUUGACUUCUGUUUGGUUUGUUUACUUACUCUCUCUCUCUCUCUCUCUCUCUCUCUCUCCCCCGAUUAGCCGGCUUUCAUCGUCAUUACGCCUCAUAUUGGGGUGUGAUGAUGUUUAUCGUAUCUGAGCUGGCGUAUGACAUAUGAGUACAAAUAUUUCACCAAUUCCACUCCGACACUCUUGACCCAGCACUGACUGUGAAUUACUAGUGCAGGACUGUCAAGGUGACUCACAGCAGCUCAGGAGCAUCAUAUUAUACAGUAGCUUCUGUCCCCUGAUAAAUAUGUAAUAAUAAAGUAAGCCAUGAAUGACAUGCAUUUUUUUCAGAUCCCUUUUCCUACAUAAAGAGACAGAAGUGCUAAAGAUGUUUAAGAAAUAUGUUUCGAUAGACUCACGUUUAGACUACUGUUUACUAAAAAAAAAAUAAUGGGAACAUUUGUAAGUGGGUGUUUUGUCUACUAAUAUGCAAAUAUUAUGAAAAUAGUAUUUAAUAGUAUUCAAAACAGUACGCUUUGGUUAUACAUGAUUGUGCAAUGUAGAGAUACAUUAUUUGAAAUCAACUCAUAAUAUUUCCGUACAAAUACAAAUACUAUGGAAACUCAUUUCAGCCACGGAAGAUAAAAAAUUGUGCAGAUUUAUCUCACAACUGUGAAUUAAUAUCAGUCGAUUGGGACUUUUUUAACCCUUUAUUUGCAAGUUAUUUUCACACAACUGUGAAUAUCUCGCAAUGGUGAGUUAAUAUCACACAAUGGCACCUUAGUGCUUCCGUUUCUAAUAAUCAAACCACAACAAAACCUAGCAUAUGCAGCAGUGCGUAAACAAGGAAAAUAACAUACCCCAAGUAUUCUUUUCAGCAGAGCUGGCCUCCUUGGCCUCCUAUUUUAGGUUGAACAGGAUAGCAUGCCUGCGGUGUUGGUGUGGCUUGGUUUGGGGUAGGAGAUAGUUUAAUAAACGGAAGCAUGAAGUCACACUAACUCUUAAUUGCAAGACUUGGCAACUGUGAGAUAUUAACUAACAGUUGCAGGAUUGAAAAAACCCAAUUGCAUGACAUAAACUUGCAGUUGCAAGAUAAAAAGUCACAAUUGCAUGAUAAAUCUAUGUAAUAUUUUCCAUAUGUGACAGAAAGAAAAAUAGGAGGUGCACUAUAUGUUUUUUUUGUUAAGAAACCUUGUCAGAAAUGUUUACAGUGCAUCUGGUUGAGACCAGGAUCAAAAAAUGUGAGUGGGAGGUUUUUAACUUUCCCACGGGCACAAGCAAGCGAUCAGAUAUGAAGCUCGCAGGACAAACAAAGCCCAUGUUUAUUAACAUGAACAUGCAGUGCUGCACUUUUCAUUUCAGCAUCCUUAGUAACUGCCUGUUCAGGGUUGCUGUUUUAAUUCCAGCUACUAGGUUGUUUAUAGUUUCAGAAAUACAACAAAACAGUUUUGUGCACAUCUCUAGUUUAAACCAAUUAUGGACUGGAGUGAUGUAACUGAGGUUGAGGAACUUUCAGAGCCAGAACUUACACACCAUGCUGACAGUGCUGACAUUUCUACCUCUGGGAUUUUUUUGCAGUGUUCUCCAGUGUUUACGAUACAGAUAGUGAUAGUGGGAUUGCAUUCCUCCCCUAGUGCAUUGUAAGUCACCAAAGAGUAAGAUUUCUGAUACUGUACAGUGUAUGCCUGGAUUAAGAUAGCACUUAUUAUAGGAGCCUGAAUAUUUCUGAUUUCAUUUCUUUUAAAUCUUCAGCUACCACGAAGGCUCCCAGUUUGUAAUCCUGUUUAAAACAUUAUUUAGAAAAGGCUGUAACACUGUCAUGCUUGCUUAAUGGUUCUAUAGCUCAGACCUGACCAGCAGACACAAGUCAAGUCAAGUCAAGUGGAGUUUAUAGUCAUUUCAACCAUAUACAGCCAGUUAGUACAUAGUGAAACGAAACAACGUUUCAAACGAAACACACACACACACACACACACACACACACACACAUUACUCAGCUUUAUUGAGCAUUGGCUUCUACUCCUACAUUAUUGUUCCGAAGACCUCGACCGCGGGCCUGAAGUAAUCUCAUGAGAGAUACCACCAUUGUAUAAGGCACAAAGCAAUCAUAAAUGAUGUCAUCAAUUAUUCAUUCAUUUAUGCAGCAGCUGCUGAUUGGGUUGUUAGUUCUAGCAGAGUGCACGUAGAACGAAGACUUGUUUUCUGACUCUGAUACGUAAAAGAAAUAGCACUGUGUAUGCAAGCGGACGGAUUUUAAUAUCAUCUAUGAGAAUGAUGUACGUUAGUCUGGAACAGCAGCACUUACUUAAUACCAAGAGUUGACAGGAGGAGAGGAGUUCGGUUCCAUCCAUCUAAUCAAGUAUUCAGGAUUGAUUCUUCUUUGUUAAUUGUUAUUUGUAUUUGUUCGAUUCAGAGUGAAAAGAGAGAUUUAAAAAAAAAAAAGAUCAAGUAAUUGUAUUCUUUAAAGUUUUCUGUUGAAGAUCUUAAGCUGCAACACAAGUCUGUUGAAUGUUUGUAAUGUUUUUGAUUAAAGACUCUAUUAUUUAUAAUAUACAUGGAUAGAGAACAAAUUAUUUGGUAUUAAGAAAAAAUCCCUCUCUUCUCUUUUUCCCUCUCUCUCUACCUUUCUCCACAUUUCUCGCUUUCUCUGUCUCCCUCAUCUCCCUCUCUCUCUCCUCCCUCUAUUGCUUUUUUCUCUCUCUCCCUCUCUCUCCUCCCUCUCUCCACCUUUCGCUCCCUCUUUCAUCUCUCUCUUCUCUCUCCCUUCCUCAUCUCUCUCUUUCUAUCUUUCUUUCCCCCUUCUCUCUCC